AUGCCCCUUAAGGAUUCGAAAAAUUUAGAGGGAGAAAACAAACUUAUUAGACCAAAUUUCACUGAUUGGCUCCGAAAUUUGAGAAUCGUUCUCAAUUUGGAGAAGAUCGGUUAUGUUUUGAUCCAAGAUCCUCUAUUGAUUGGUAUCAUACCAGAUGAUGCUGAUGUUGAUCAGCUUGCUGUUCAUAAUGCUGAUGUUACAGCAUUUGAUAAGUGGAAGGACGAUGAUCUGAGGGCUAAGAGUUAUAUCCUUGCCUCUAUGACCAAUGAGUUACAACGUCAGCAUGAAAAGAUGUCUGACGCAAAAUCUAUGGUCAAUCACCUACAAGAGUUGUACGGUGAGUACAAUAGGAUUGCACGUUAUGAGGUUACUAAGGCCUUAUUUCGAGCAAAGCUACAAGAAGGAGGAAAUGUAGGAGAUCAUGUCCUAAAUAUGAUUGGCUUAUUACAAAGAUUGGAAGAAUUAAAUAUCUCCUUGACACUGAGCUUGAAGUAG